GCUUUCAGCUCAUGCACGCAAUGUUCUAAACGGUUGCCUCGUUUGAUUGCGUCUCGACUUAGCCGGUCAGUCUUUGUGCUACGCACCAUCCCUUUCGACGAAUGGCACACUGGCGCUUAGAACAAGGCAAACAACAUCGGAGACAAGCCUCCCCGCCAUCUUACACAUCCAAAAUUCAUGAUAUCCGCGACUCUCAGCCUCAUUACUCAGGGGCUAGAUUCGGGUUACAGGUCUUUAUCUAUUUAGACCUUCCCAGAACGCUAAUGUUCUCGAGCUUCUGGUAUACGAGUGACCUACAGCAAAACAAGGCCUCACUUCGGACUAACAAACAUAUCGCUUGUCGAAAUGGAAGCUAUGGCGACCUCAACCAGCAUGUCUUGCAGUGACGAAGAGUUCGAGAAGCCGACGACGAGAGCGCACUCAAUUUGGAGACUUUUCCAGAUCGCUUUCGCUUUCGCAACAGUGUUCUUCCCCUUGGUUUUUGUAGCGACAUUGUUGUGUCUUUUCGUUACGAUCCCUGCCUGGACGAUACAGGACCCGCCGGAAGAGAAUGCAAACCUCCCCAUUGACCCUCAUGAUGAAUCGUUCCUAACGACAACGGUAUUAAUCAACAAAGUCGCGCUUACCAGCUCGUUUGCCUCCAACGUUGCGCAGUGGGCCGCCGUGCCAUUUCUGUUACUUUACUCGUUUCUCGUAGCGCUUGAGCUGUCGAACCGACACGAAGUAAUAGACCAAGAUAUGAAAAAGCUUUUACAUGGCGACCAAACGUUCCUUCUAAACUGGACUGUACUUCGAUUAUGGCGUGCUCGGAAGACAAAGAUUGCGAGUGGAACCAGGAUCGCCGGUAUUGGCGCUUUUUUAUGUGUAAUUCUUACAUUUCUUCUGCUAGUCGGAGACAAAGUAUUGUCAGGAACUCUUGCUCCAACGUUACAGCGCGUCUAUGAAGGCACGUCCCCAGGCCCUAACUAUGUGCCAGGCGAUCCCCCGUUCUUUGGCGGUUUCAAGAUCAAUGAAGCGAUAUGUCCAUUCAAUGAAACGAUCAUUGGUAGCUACGAUCACGACGCUUUUCCACCUUGCACAAUAAAUGGAUCGAGCAAACCUUGGACACUCUUGGACGCUCCAUCAGCAUAUCGAGUGCUUGCGACAGGACUGUUGAAUCAAACAGGAGAAUACAACAACGAGGAUUUCAACACCCUAAAUGUGGCCUGGGAUGCUGGCGCAUUCAUAUACACCCAGCUUGUCACGCAUAUCGACGAUGUCACGGAUGAACAGCACGUUCUUUACUUCAAUCCAUGGUCAGCUGAGGAAUACAGCGAUAGCCCAAAAGUCAGCAAACUAGAUCUGACAAACCAGGAUGUAGAAAGAGUUGGUAUUGAUUACGUCGCCGAAACGAUUUCCGUUGUAACCGAGUGCACUGCAAUCACUACGGACUGUGGAAUCUACAACACUACAAGUGAUGCUUCCUCGAUACCAUAUCACUGCUCCAACGGCUUCUAUGGCGACUUGAAUGAGAUACCAGCAAAUGGGCUAGAGCGUCUCAAGGGCUGGAACACAACGUUCUUCGACUUUCACAAUGACCCUUCGCUGAACGUUUCCAUCGCAUCCCAAUUGAACCCAUUCAGCUACAACGUCACAGCUGUUGUAGACAGUAUCGAUCUGAAUGACCUCAUUCUCUAUGGAGACCCGCAGGUACCCCAAGGCAUUGUUGUUGAGAUCGGAGACGGGCGUGUGGGAUUCGCGAUGUCGUGCAAUUCUACGGUCUACGACGUUACGUACUCACUUGUCAAUGGUAGCAUCCUCGUCUUCAACACGACAUUGACCGCUCCCAGCAUCGCAGCCAUGAUCAAAGCACCACUGCAAGCUGGCUUUGGUAGCUACGAACUCUUUGAGAAAGCUGCCAUGUCGGUAUUGCUAUCUCAUUCGACGAUCCUGGACGCGAUGGAGCUUGCUUUCAGCCAAACCUUUCUGGCGCUUGUGGCUGGUGUCUACGAUCCGGCUCCGUUCAUCGAAAAGCGUUGGCGCUAUGAUAUGACGGUCACGAAGAUUAGAAAAGCGCCAUUCUAUUUUCUGGUCGUUUGCAUGUUCAUGUAUGCGAUCGUCGUUUUGGUAUUCACGUUGAUAGCCCUCAGUCUCUUCCGGAGGAGUAAUGUACGAGCUUUGCACGCUCAGUUGAUGUCUUAAGACCAAGGAAAUGCUUGGGCGAUAAUCUUUUCGGUUUGUUCGCCGCUGAGCAGGAUUGCAACUUCUCUCCUUCUUAUGUACUAUCCCCGUACGCAAUAUCAAACAGAAAGCAAUAACUGCAGUGCAGUAACUUCGUUUGUGGCUACUGGUCAGUAUGAAUGGCAGUAGAAACUGGGUUGUCAC